UGAGUAUUUUCCCAGAAGCAGAAGAGAGAGAGAGAGAGAAGGGGGCUGGGAAUUGAAUGGGAGGAGAUGGGAGAGACGCAGAAGGAGGGAGCGGAGAUGGCGGCGCCGGUGAAGAUGGAAGCGACCCUUACACACGGGGGAAGGUUUGUCCGGUACUGUUUAUGUGGGAAUCGUAGGAUUGUUGUUGAGGUCACUACCAAGUAUAGGCCCCCGAUCACUUUCCUUCGCAGUGACCCUUAUGGCGUCACCUGGUCUGUUUUGAAUUCGGAGACGGGAGAGCAGGUGGCGAUCAAGAGGAUCCGGCGUGCUUUUGAUAAUAUACUCUAUGCUAAGAGGAUGUUGAGGGAAAUUAAGCUUUUGCGCUACAUGGACCAUGAAAAUGUUCUAGCAAUCAGGGACAUCAUACCUCCUCCGCAAUGGGAACUAUUUAAUGAUGUCUACAUUGCCUAUGAACUUAUGGAGGCUAAUCUGCAUCAAAUAAUCCACUCCAACCAACCUUUAUCUGAGGAACACAUUCAGUAUAUUUUAUAUCAGACUCUUUGUGGAUUGAAAUACAUACAUUCAGCAAGCGUUCUUCAUUUAGACUUGCAGCCAAGCAACAUCCUCCUAAAUGCAAAUUGUGACUUGAAGAUUUGUGAUUUUGGGUUUGAACCCAUUACCUCUGCUGUUAUUAGGGAGAAUUUUCCUGUUACAAAAAACUACCGAGCACCAGAAUUAUUGUUGAAUUCUUCUGGAUAUACCGCUGCGAUGGAUGUGUGGUCUGUGGGAUGCAUCUUUAUGGAGCUAAUGCAACGGAAACCUUUAUUUCCAGGGAAAAACAUCGUGCACCAGAUGUGCUUGCUGUUGGAGGUGAAGCUUUUCUCUUGUUUGUGCCUACCAAAUUUUAUUAUUCUUGUUUUAGGAGAUGCAUGUUAUCUUAUUGAACUUCAUAGAGCAUGUUUCUCUAGGUUGUGUUUUGAUUGAGGUUAAGUAUAUGUCAAGGAAA